CAGUAUGACAUAAAACCUCUACAUAGUACACAUAAUAAUUACGUGUUUUCCCCACCGUCAGUCAGGCGUUAUGCCUAGCAUCCUUAGUCUGUUUCUUAGGCCUUUUCUUCCGAACGACCUCGCAGAUUAUAUAGCGCAUUUUGGCAAGACUGUUCGUAAUCCGUUUAUUUCUGCUCAAAGUCGUCCCUCACUAACGCCAAAAUGCUUGCUACAAUGCGCAAACAGCUUAGAAGUCACCCGGCUCUGAUCCCCCUUUUAUUCUUCAUUGGUGGAGGGGCAGCCAUGUCCAUGAUGUACCUCGCUCGUCUGGCCAUAAGAAACCCUGACGUCAGCUGGGAUCGCAAGAACAACCCAGAGCCCUGGAACAAGAUGGCCCCAACUGAUCAGUACAAGUUUUAUGCAGUUAACUUGGAUUACAGCAAGCUGAAGAAGCAGGGCCCUGAUUUCUAAUCUGCUGGACCAAACAAACCCCAAAGAUGAGCUGAUCCGCACAGACCCAUUUUGAACUUCGUCACAACAACCUGAGGGAGGCAGAGGCUAAACCCGCACACUGAAUCAUAUUUAAGUUUCCUUAUUGCAUUCUUUUGGCAUUUGGAAGCCAUGUCUUAUAUUUCUCAUUUUUGAUGGUCAUCAAUAAAGUGAGUUUCUCUUCUCCAUACAGGAAAAAAA